AUGACUUGGUUAACAACAGAAGCCCCCCUUAUUGACUGGCAACAGGGACUGAUCACCUUCCCUGAACAAGCACAGAUCGCCUCUGAGGAAGAAGCAGACCCAGAUCCUUUGGCAGACCUUCCUCCUCAGUACCAUGAAUUUGCUAAAGUCUUUGGCAAGGAAGAAUUUAAGGUCCUCCCUCCACAUAGGGAGCACCUACUAGUACCCCUAUCCCACCAUUACUUCCCGUACUCCCACUCGCUCGUCCUCGCGGGCAUCCUCCCACGCUGGCCGCUCCUAUCCCCCACCUACCAUGGCAACCCGCUCCCGGACUUCCUCUUGAGCCCAGUCCCCUUUCAAUCCAAGAGACCUGGGACCCCAACUUCCAACAGCCACCCCUAUCGAACUUGGGAAGUCUCCCUCGAGCGGGUUACCCGCCUCCUCCUUGGCCUCCUCAGCCAAGUCAAGAAUCUUGAGCGAAAGCUCAAAGAAGUCAAGGAAACGGGAAUCAAAACCCAAACCAACGUUGAAAAUAUUUCCCAAACCGUCGAUGUUGUCAAGGAUGGGCUUCAAAGCCUCCAACUCCAUGGGCCAAGGACCCCAGAAGAGGCCAAACCCCCGGUUGUGGAAGCAACGCCACGCCCCCUACACAAGACCGAGCCUAUUGGAUUGGUUAGUGGGCCCUCCUUCUGGCCCAAGCAACCAAAAGGGCUUCCCAGCUUUGCCCAGCCAGUCCCCCAGAGGACCAUACCCCCGCAAGUCCCUUCUCCCCCUGCAUCUCCGCGUCUCCGAUCCCCAAUCGGAGCACCUGCCCCUCCACCUCUGGCUCCAGCCGCCUAUCCUGCCCCGGUCAAAGUAGACCACCCAGAUGCCUAUACAGGCAAAAUCGGGAGUGAAGCCAAACAAUGGCUCACAAGGAUGUUGGCAUGGACCCGAUUGAACUCCCGCAUGUUCCCCACGGACCAAGAGGUCCUCUCAUUUCUUCUCAUGAACAUGAAGGAUUCUGCGGGAGCAUGGGCCCACCCACACCUCGACCAGCUUGGGUCACACCAAGCCAUCAUCCAAACGGUUGAAGGCUUCAAACUGGAGUUCUUAGCAGCAUUCGGUGACCCUGACGCCACAAGGGCCGCCGAGCGGAAGAUUACCACCCUCACCCAAUCCGGCACAUGCGCGGACUAUAUUACAAAAUUCAGGACCUUAGCAAUGGAACUGGAUUGGAACGACGCGGCCCUCCAAGGCCAGUUUGCCCGCGGCCUUCACUGGGAGGUCAGUCGCCAGAUUGCCACCCGCGAGCACCGGCCCCGCACUCUUCUUGAGCUGCAAAACGCAGCACUUGUCAUCGACAACGCUCUCCGCGAAGAGCGCGCUAGCCACCCGCCGAGGGAUAAUAAGUCUAGCAAACCAUCCAACCCCGCAAGGGGGACGAGUACCGGUCCAUCAACUACCAGAUCAAAGAAACUCUCUGAUGACCCCAACUUUGUAUCGGAAGAGGAACGUAACCGCCGCUGCGCCGCAGGCGCCUGUAUCAAAUGCGGAAAAAUGGGUCAUAAGUUUGCAGAGUGCCGCACGGGCUGGAAGGCCACCCCUAUUGAGGAAAAGGGGAAGAACAAGGAAACCGCCAAGAUUGGCAAAGACUCUGACUACCAAUCGGGAAAAGAAAGCUCGAAUAGAAUCUCACCCCUCUUCACAAUUCCAAUCACACCAGAGAGUAAAGCGGAACAACUAGAAGUCCUGAUUGAUUCAGGCGCCACCUCCUCCUUCAUGCACCCACGUACCGCGGAAUCACUCCGCCUCCCACUCAUAGAUCUUCCCCUACCCCGUACCGUCACUAUGCUCGAUGGGUCGAGCCCCCAGGCUGGUAAAAUCUGGAAGAAGGCUAACCUAACCUUCUCCUUUGAUGGCAAACGUAUGACCAAGACCUUCCUCAUUUGUAACACAGGCUCUCACGCUGCCAUCCUAGGGUUGAAAUGGUUGGAUGCCCACAACCCGGAAAUUGACUGGAAUUCCCGCACACUGUCAUUCCCCCACACACCUCCGGAACAUAUAUCCAUUGCGGAGGAAGAAGAAGCCAAUCAACACCCCCUUGAAGGAGUCCCUUCCAAAUACCACCAAUACGCCAAGGUAUUUGGAGAGGAGGAAUUCAAUAAGCUUCCCCCGCACCGGCAUUAUGACAUUGGGAUCAAGCUAACCAAAGAAGGCCCCUUGAACUCUCCGCUAUAUAGCAUGACUGAUGCCAAAUCCGCCACACUAAGGGAUUGGCUCAGGGACGAACUCAAGGCAGGCAAAAUCCGCCCCAGCAAGUCUUCCAUUAGCUCCCCUGUAAUGUUUGUACCCAAAAAGGAUGGUUCCCGCCGUUUGGUUGUUGACUACCGCCGUCUAAAUAACCGGACCAAGAAGAACGUUUACCCAUUACCCCGCCCAGAUGACCUUAUGGCCCAGCUCCGUGGCGCCAAGGUCUUCACUAAACUAGAUCUAAGAUGGGGUUACAACAACGUCCGUGUUAAGGAAGGCAACGAAUGGAAAACUGCCUUCCAUACCAAGUAUGGCUUGUAUGAAUCCCUGGUUAUGACUUUUGGCCUGACAAACGCUCCUGCUGCCUUUCAGCACUUUAUGAAUGAACUAUUCAAGGAUUUACUGGACGUAUGCGUUAUCAUUUAUCUUGAUGACAUCCUAGUCUACUCUAAGAAUGACGCAUCUCACACAAAGCAUGUCCAUGAGGUUCUAAAAAGGCUAAUGGAUAACCAACUAUUCUGCAAAGCGUCGAAGUGCACAUUCCAUGUCACAUCGGUGGAGUAUCUCGGCAUAAUUGUCUCGGACAAAGGGUUCAGCCUGGAUAGGCUCAAAAUCAAGGCGGUUCAAGAAUGGCCCACGCCUACCAAGGUUAAGGAAGUACAAUCCUUCCUUGGUUUUGCCAACUUCCUACGUCGAUUUGUUGCCAACUUUAGUCACAUGGCCAGGCCACUGCACAAUCUGGUCAAGAAGGAUACAGUCUGGAAAUGGGGGACCAAAGAACAGGAAGCCUUCCAGGGGCUUAAGGACGCCAUCACAAACGCACCAGUCCUUUGCCACGCCGACCCAUCCAAACCUUAUUUCCUGGAAACGGAUGCCUCCGGCGCAGCCCUGGGGUCCAUACUAAGUCAAUGUCAGGAAGACGGCCGUCUUCAUCCACUAGGCUUCCUGUCGGAAUCUUUCAAGGGCGCUGAGCAGAAUUACAAUACACACAAUAAGGAGCUCCUAGCGAUCAUCCGCUCUUUUGAGUACUGGCGCAUCUUCUUGGAAGGAACCCUUCACCCUAUCACCGUGUUCACCAAUCAUUGUAACCUAGAGUACUGGAAAGAAUCCCGCACCUUCAACCGUUGUCAUGCACGUUGGCACCUACUACUCGCCGGUUAUAACUUCCAAAUUGUAUACCAACCGGGCAAGCAAUCUGGCAAACCAGACGCGCUAUCCCGCCGCUCCGACCAUGCUGACACUCCCCCCGCCGAUCAAACCAUGUUGUCAGGCCCCGUUUUUGCCAACCUUGCCCUAGUCACGCCGGAGAAGGAAUUACAACGGCAAAUUGAACUAUCCCUAGACCAGGACGAAUCCCUGGAGGAAAUUCUACAAUUCCUUCAAAAUGAGUCAAAAGCCCCGCCUUCUAUCAAACGGGCGUUUAGGGACUACGAAAUGGAAGCGGGCUUACUAUUUUACCAAGGGAGAAUUGUGGUACCAGAUGUUGGAACAUUGAGAACGGACUUGCUUCGCAUAUUCCACAACAGCCCUCUAGCUGGUCACCCAGGCAGACAACGGACUCUGGAACUGGUAUCUAGGAACUACUACUGGCCUGGCAUCCGGGCUGACACAUACUGGCAUGUUGAUUCCUGCGAGACAUGCCAACGUAUCAGGAAGCCCAAGUACGGAUCCAUCCCACCUCAGCCUCUAGAAGUCCCAUCACGCCCGUGGCAACAUGUGUUGUAUGACAUGAUAGUGGACCUGCCCAAAGACGGAAAUAGUGACUCAAUCCUGGUCAUUGUGGAUAGCUUUACCAAAUACGUAAUCCUGGUAGAGUGUUCCAAGAAGCUCAAAGCCCCAGAGCUAGCAGAUCUAUUCCUACGCCACGUAUGGAAACGCUACGGCAUGCCCGAGAAGACAGUAUCGGACCGCGGACGGGUGUUCAAUAACAAAUUCCUGAAAGCCUUGUACCAAUGGCUGGGAAUAGACCCCCACUUUUCCUCGGCCUAUCACCCUCAAAGUGACGGACAAACAGAACGUGUAAAUCCCACGAUCGAACACUUCUUACGGGCCUACUCAGGGAUAAACCAGAAAGACUGGGUCAAAUGGCUACCAAUGGCGGAAUUUGCCUACAACAACGCAGUACACAGCUCUACAGGCAAAUCCCCUUUUAAGGCGCUAUACGGAUGGGAACCGUCCUUGACCCCGAGUAACGUCCCAACAGACGUCCCUGAAGCAGAUGAUCUAGCAACCCAAAUGGAAUCACAAUGGCAGGAAAUAGAGUCAGCGCUCCGGCAAUCAAAGACACGCAUGGUAGCCGGAGAAGUAGGAGAACCACUCGAGUUCAAAAUUGGAGAAGAAGCCUGGCUAGACACCAAAAACGUGAAGCUAAAGACCCUGAGUCCAAAGCUAACUGAACAACGCUUAGGCCCCUUCAGAGUAACCAAGAAAAUCUCCGACAGAGCGUACCGCCUGGAACUCCCGCCAACAAUGAGAAUCCACGAUGUGUUCUACGUGGGUCUCCUGUCAAAGGUCAAAAGGGACAAAAAGCGCAACUUUGAGAACCGGCCUCCACCUGUCACCGUGGAUGGAGAGGAAGAAUACGAAGUUGAAGGGAUCACAGACAUGGAGGAAAGGAACGGGAAGUGGUUUUUCAGGGUAAAAUGGAAAGGCUACGGAUCAGAGGAGAAUACCUGGGAACCAAGGGAAACCCUCAAAAACACCAAAAAAAUCCUAGAAAAAUUCGAAAAAGAAAUGAAAAGAAAGGCCCUUGGCGCUGCCAAGGCCCUUAAGGGGGGGGGCAGUGUCGUAGACACAGUUGAUACCAGGGAAUUUAUUCCCAUUUUCUCGGAUUUAAACGAAGGGAAACGGACAACAUUUUCAAUCACGUGA